GAACACAGGGUGCCGUUACGGCUGCUGCUGUUGAAGUGCUUUGGAGCCAUGUGCAACUUGGAUGCUGCAGUUAUCUCAACACUUGUCAACUCUGUGCUACCAAUGGAGCUGGCCCGGGACAUGCAGACUCACACACAAGAUCAUCAAAAGAUGUGCUACUCUGCACUGGUGCUGGCAAUGAUGUUCUCCAUGGGGGAGCCCCUGCCAUAUCAUCACUAUGAACAUCUCAACUCUCAGUUUGUGCAGUUCCUGCUGGAUGUGAUUGAGGAUGGGCUGCCCUCGGACACCACCGACCAGCUGCCUGACUUAUUUGUCAAUGUUCUUCUGGCUUUCAAUCUCCACAUUCCAGUUCCAGAAAACAGUGUGAUCAUGACUACAAUAAGCAAGCACCUGAACGUCAAGACUUUCACAGAAAAGCUGCUGCUGCUGCUGAACAGGGGAGAUGAUCCAGUUUGUAUCUUCAAGCAUCAGCCUCAGCCACCACACUCAGUGCUGAAGUUUCUGCAGGACAUCUUUGCCAGCAAGGAUACAGCCAGCAUCUUCUACCACACAGACAUGAUGGUCCUGAUAGACAUCCUGGUGCGGCAGAUUGCUGAUCUCUCCCCAGGAGACAAGCUGAGGAUGGAGUAUCUCUCUCUGAUGCACGCCAUCAUCCGCUCCACGCCCUAUCUGCAGCACCAGCACCGCCUCUCCGACCUGCAGGGCAUCCUGCAGCGCAUCCUGGGGGAGGAGGAGGAGGGCCAGCAGUGCCAGAUGGACAAACUGAUCAUCCUGGAGAUUUAUAAGGAGUUCCCAGAAAUCUCUCCUGGUACCAGCUAA